UUCCGGGUAGCAAGAAAAGCAUCUCUUCUCCUUCCUGGCUGAGUGAACUGCGGUGAUAUAGUCACAGACGUCCUCCUUCUUUAAUCUCUCCAUUGACCGAUCAACCCCAAUUCAGGGUCUCCUAAGUCCGAUAAUCACUUCAAGCAGCCAUGGAUGAAGAGUACGAUGUCAUAGUGCUGGGAACUGGUCUCAAGGAAUGCAUCCUCAGCGGUCUGCUCUCAGUCGAUGGCCUCAAGGUCCUGCACAUGGAUAGGAACGACUACUACGGAGGAGAAUCUACGUCUCUUAAUCUCAUUCAGCUUUGGAAGAGGUUCAGGGGAAGUGAUAAGCCUCCACCUCAUUUGGGUGCUAGUAGGGAUUAUAAUGUGGACAUGAUUCCCAAGUUUAUGAUGGCGAAUGGAACUCUUGUGCGUGUUCUCAUUCAUACAGAUGUUACAAAGUACCUGUACUUCAAAGCUGUAGAUGGUAGCUAUGUCUUUAAUAAAGGGAAGGUUCAUAAGGUGCCAGCAACUGACAUGGAGGCACUGAAAUCUCCAUUAAUGGGUAUAUUUGAGAAACGACGUGCACGGAAGUUCUUCAUUUACGUUCAAGAUUAUGAUGAAAGUGAUCCUAAAACACAUGAGGGGAUGGACUUGACAAGGGUGACAACUAGGGAGCUGAUUGCGAAAUAUGGUCUUGAUGACAAUACCAUAGACUUCAUUGGUCAUGCAUUGGCCCUUCAUAGAGAUGAUCGUUACCUGGAUGAACCUGCAUUGGACACUGUAAAGAGAAUGAAGCUUUAUGCGGAGUCUCUUGCACGUUUUCAAGGUGGAUCACCAUAUAUUUAUCCUCUUUAUGGAUUAGGAGAGCUGCCCCAGGCUUUUGCACGGCUUAGUGCGGUUUAUGGUGGGACAUAUAUGUUGAAUAAACCUGAGUGCAAGGUAGAGUUUGAUGAUGAAGGCAAAGUUAUUGGUGUCACAUCAGAAGGUGAAACUGCUAAGUGCAAGAAAGUUGUCUGUGAUCCAUCCUACUUGCCUGGCAAGGUUAGGAAGAUUGGUAGGGUUGCUAGGGCAAUUGCCAUUAUGAGCCACCCAAUCCCAAACACAAAUGACUCUCAUUCAGUGCAGAUUAUCCUGCCACAGAAGCAGUUGGGUCACAGAUCAGACAUGUAUCUUUUCUGUUGCUCAUAUUCUCACAAUGUCGCUCCUAAGGGCAAAUUCAUUGCAUUUGUAUCAACGGAGGCAGAGACAGAUCAGCCAGAAACCGAACUGAAGCCUGGAAUCGAUCUUCUAGGCCCUGUUGAUGAGAUAUUCUUUGAUAUCUAUGACAGAUUUGAACCGGUCAAUGAACCUACUUUGGACAAUUGCUUCAUAUCAACCAGUUAUGAUGCCACAACCCACUUUGAGUCAACUGUUAUGGAUGUGCUCAAUAUGUAUACCAUGAUAACUGGGAAGGUUCUGGACCUCAGCGUGGAUUUGAGUGCUGCCAGUGCUGCUGAAGAAUGAGGAAUACUGAAAAUUUAUAGCAUGUACUGAUGUUUGUGCCUUAUUCUGCGUUGCUUAGAAUGUUGAAUGUUGCCAAAGAUGGCGUCAGACUUUCUUUGUGUUUCGAUUUCUGUUAUAGAUGGUACCAUUGCUAUGUGUAAUAACAUUAUAUUUAUGUUUCGGUGACCCAUAGUUUCUU